AUGAGCACUCAAGAACGAGGCGAGCGAUCAGCGAUUGAUAAGAAUGAUAAAAAAUUAAUUCUCAUGUCUCCAGACUUAGGAAGAAGUUAUGAAGAAAACUUCUUUUUAUUUUCAGAACGAGCACUUUACUUACGGAAUAAAUUAUUACUGACUAAUAAAUCAACUGUGGCGGGUGGUAGAAUUAUUACUGAAGAACUUGCUAUUGAGCUACGUGUGACCAUAUUUGGGACAGCCGCGUGCCCGCCUCGUGGUGAAUGGAUUCGAUCACCUUUAUUAAUGAGACCUCCUGACCUACCGUUUGCUUACGGUCUUAUGGGACCACGCAAUAGCACGAGGUCUUUGUUAACCGGUCUUCAAGCUUAUAUCAUAAAAUGGAUUUUGUUCGACUCUCGUCCUCCUUCUAUGAACAAGAAGUCUGCGGAACCACCCGAAAGUCACCUACGUAUUAGUGAGGCGCUGCAGGAGGAGGUUUUGUGGCGAGUGUGCAGUGACGUCAUCUGGCGGUGCGGCGCACAAAGCGGAUCGGACAACAAGGCAGUGGUCGCCCUGCCUACCGAUACUACGUAUGUGUACAACAACCUCAAAUACUAUCAGGACGGUGUGACUGAAAAGCUGCAAUUAUUUGAAUUGAAAAAUCUAGAGGAGUUACAGAUAUUUCUUAAACGCUACCUGUAUAUAUUUCAAGGUGACGGUGGAGCGUUGUUAUUGUUAUACGCAAUGGUGUUAACUAGAGGAUGUGCGAAUAUCAAGAAAGACUUGGAUGGGAAACUAAAUUAUUUACUAUCAGCACAACCGGAAGGUUCAUUGAACUUGACCAUGCUUGUGAUAACAGGACGGGCAACGCCUUAUCUACAUAAUGGAAUUGUAUACGAUGGAGACGAAGAUAAUUAUGCACUGCCACAAUUUGGUGUGCUCUCCCGCAGUCCUGUGGGCUUUUUGCUUUGGCAGGAAGGUUUAGACAAUCGUUUGUCCGUGCUGACUAAACAACUUCCCGGCUCACGACUUAAAACUCCAGCGUUUCCCAUAUGGAUAACAAAUUCGUCUGGACAUUUUGGUGUUUUAUUCAACACAAAUAGAGAAUUAUUGAAAAAUUACCAAGCUGAAAAAAGAUUCGACAUACACUACUACACUUGCGGCGGUUGCUACGUGGCACUUAAUGUUGACACAAGAGUGGAGAGUCAAGUAACUGUAUGUAAAGAUGACUUGCACACCACAACACUUGAAAAACUCAUUCACACCAAAUGGCAAGAUGCGACAAUCACCUGGUCAGUAACCAAUAGCAAAAUUGACGAUUCAUCUUAA